AUGCCAGUACAAAAAAUCGAGAAUCUUGCUGCCUACGAGCAAGUUAUCAAAGACAACAAGAAGGUUGCUGUUGACUUUUGGGCUGCCUGGUGUGGUCCCUGCAGAUUUAUUUCCCCUGUUUUUGAGAAGCUCUCCAAUGAGCAUCCUGAUAUUACUUUUUUAUCAGUCGACGUCGAUAAUUGUGAAGAUAUCUCUCAAGUCGCAGCGAUAAAGGCGAUGCCUACUUUUUUCUUCUUUUGUGAUGGUCAGAGGGUCGCUGACCUUGUCGGUGCUGAUGCUCAAGGACUUACGAACCGCAUUUUGCAACUGAAAGAUCUCUAG